AUAAAAAUGAAAGAAAAUAAAAACUAGGGUUUUUUAAUUUUUAUUUAUUUAUUUUCGGUAUCCCAAAUCUCGCUCUCUCUCUGGAUCUUUUAUAAAGAGUGUCGAUUCUUAGGUUCUCAGUUCGCAUCGAAUUGAUUUUGAUCGGUCGGAGGUUCUCGAUUUCUUCCUUAUCGGCUGAAUCUCGAAACCUCAGCCCAGAAAAACGGACGACAAACAGCAGGGGAUGCUGAAAGAUGUGCUUGCACGCUAUUAAAUUUUUGUCUAAGGUAAACGAGCUUGUAGCUCCACACGAGCUGUGCUUAUUCAUCCUUGAUGAGAUUGGCGACAAUAAUCUUUCUCAAUCUCCACUUGGUGGAUCCACACUCAGUAGAGCUAGAAAUUCAAAAAACCCUGUCGUGUUAGAUCACGACGAUGUUGAAGACGGUUGAAGUCUUCUGCAGUACCAGUCCUGCUUUGUAAAAUAAGUACAGAAAAAUAAACAUAACUUAUAUAGUAUAGUGUGUAUUAGAUUAUCAUAAUGGGAACAGAUAUGAAAGGGAGUAUUUUGAUGCAAAGAUAUGAAGUGGGGAGAUUGUUGGGGCAAGGAACUUUCGCCAAAGUUUACCAUGCAAAGAACCUUAAAACUUCUCAAAGUGUUGCUAUAAAGGUAAUUGACAAAGAGAAGGUCUUCAAGGUUGGGCUUAUAGAUCAGAUCAAACGGGAGAUUUCGGUUAUGAGAUUGGUGAGGCACCCACAUAUCGUGCAACUUUAUGAAGUCAUGGCUAGCAAAAAGAAGAUUUAUUUCGUCCUUGAGUAUGUCAGAGGUGGUGAGCUAUUUAACAAGGUUGCAAAAGGCAAGCUCAAGGGGGAUAUCGCAAGAAAAUAUUUCCAGCAGCUUAUUAGUGCUGUGGACUUUUGUCACAGUAGAGGUGUUUACCACCGUGAUUUGAAACCCGAGAAUCUCCUCUUGGAUGAUAAUGGAAAUCUAAAGGUUUCAGAUUUCGGGUUGAGUGCACUUGCUGAAUCCAAGAGACAGGAUGGCUUACUUCAUACCACAUGUGGAACACCUGCUUAUGUUGCUCCUGAGGUUAUCAACAGGAAAGGUUAUGAUGGUACUAAAUCUGAUAUUUGGUCUUGUGGUGUGAUUUUGUUUGUGCUCAUGGCCGGUUACCUGCCGUUCCAUGAUCCUAAUCUAAUGGAGAUGUACAAAAAGAUUGGCAAGGCCGAAUUCAAAUGCCCCAAUUGGUUUCCUUCAGAUGUUCGAAGGCUUAUAUCCAGGAUUCUUGACCCAAAUCCGGCUACUAGGAUCUCCACUGCGAAAAUCAGGGAGAAUUCUUGGUUCAGAAAGGGAUUUGAUAACAAGCUGAUGAAAAAUGUGACCGGAACAAAAGAGAUAGCUCCUGUGGAUGUCAAUGUAGCCUUUGAUUCCUGCAAGAACACUGUUGAGAAGAAAGAGGAGAUUCUGAAGCCUGUAAAUUUCAAUGCUUUUGACAUCAUCUCUCUUUCAGCUGGGUUUGAUCUCUCGGGUUUAUUCGAGGAGGAUGCUGAUUGGAGAAGAGAGGCGAGGUUUACAUGUGCAAAGCCCGCUACCACAAUUAUCUCAAAGCUAGAGGAGAUUGCUAAGCAGCUGAAAUUCAAAGUGAAGAAGAAGGACGGCGGAGUGCUAAAAAUGGAAGGAGAAAAGACAGGUAGAAAGGGAGUGCUAGCUGUUGAUGCGGAGAUCUUUGAGGUGACUCCUACAUUACAUCUAGUUGAAAUUAAGAAAACUAAUGGGGAUACUUUGGAGUAUCAAAAGACGAUGAAACAUGGCAUUAGACCAGCUCUCAAGGACAUUGUUUGGGCUUGGCAAGGUGAUCAGCCACAUGCACUGCCAACUCCACCAUCUGAAGAACAGCAGUUGUAACUAAGCUCCAUAGUUUGGGAUCUUCUGAAAGAUCCAAUGAACUUCAUCUUUCAAGUAAUUUCUUCAUGAUUCUGUUUGUUUUACUGUCCUGUUCUGCUUCGUGUUGUUUGUGUGUUUUAAUUUAACGGCUGUUGUUAUGUGUUUUAAUUUGUUGUUUUUAACACUUAAUCUGAGCAAAUAUUUGAGUUUUUUUAGUUAUUGGCAGUAGCCAUCAAUUUU